GAAACCUGUUUUCCAAUGAAACACAGAAUUCUAAGAUCCCAAGAUUUGCAAGGAACACUCCCAGUAGAGCUGGUAAAUCUCACCUAUCUUCAAGAAAUCGACCUCAACCGCAACUACCUGAGCGGUACCAUCCCUCCAGAAUGGAGCUCUCUUCCACUUCUGAACAUAUCCCUUCUUGGAAAUCGUUUGACGGGUUCUAUCCCCAAAGAGCUUGGAGACAUCACCACCCUGAAGAGUUGUGAGUGUUAAUUGAGCAUUUGUUUC